CUUUCUCUAAUUCAAUCACGCAACGCUCUCUGGUCAAAGCGUUGGGGACUCAGACCAUCCGACCCAGAAAAAGCCCUCAACAUCGCCAAAAACGCAGUCAAACGAGCACCCCUUUUGAUACCCAUCUUCAACCAUUGCUACAUUCCCUAUAAUCCUUGCUUAGCUGGAAACCCCAUCUUCUUCAUUGACGAGAAUCGAAUCUUUUGCUGUGGUUUCAAUCUCUCUGAUUUCUUUGAUCGCGAGUCUUCAUUGUUCAACAACUUAGACCCUCAGGUCCUAUCAAAACAACGAUCAUUCAACGAGAAAUUGGCCAGGUCGUCAUCUAAUUUUUCUCGGAGAAGCCUCGACGCCGUGACCACUGGUAGAAACCCCAGAUGGGUUGAGUUUUGGAGCGCCGCCGCCGUGGAUCGGCGGCGAAGGAACUAUAAUUCAUCGUCUUCUUCCUCCUCGUCCCCAGAAUGGUGCUUCGACAUGCCCAGAUCCGAAAUGCCAAAAUGGGUCGACGAGUACAUUGACCAGAUCGAGUCGGUGUUGAGAGAAGGCGGGUGGGACGAAUCGGACAUCUCUGAAAUCGUACACGUGUCAGCCUCUGGGUUCUUCGAAGGUGAGAUGGUUCUCUUGACAUUGACUCAGUCCUCAACAACAAGCUAAAUCUCGACACUUUCAUCACUGUUCCACACGGGGCCUACUCUUGGCCUGG